AUGUCUCUUGGUUGUGCAGAUAAGAACAGCGGAAUUCGCUUCUACCUACAAGAAGCACAACAGGUGAGCUUCGAGAGAGCGGGGAAAAUUCGCGUGUGGGAAUGUGCGAUGAAUCCAACUUAUGGACAAGCCUGGGAGAACGCCGAGAGACUGCACGAGCAGAAUCGUACGCUCCACAAGUAUCGUUCCUGGCACCUCAUGGAGAAAGAGUGCUACGUUGCCAUUAUGUGUUACACGCUCAAGUUACCGAAUGUGUCCCGAGAUUUCAACGCCCACUGCCGCCGUGCUAUGGCAACCGAAGCGAGCUGGAACGCCUUUCCGUACAAGAGCCUCUGGUAUUUUCUCAUUCGUGCGUUCGAGAAGUUGCCGCCGUUCUCUGCCCCAGGAGGGACCUUUUUUCGGGGUGUCGAAAUGUUCCGUAGCAAUGACGAUCACACUGUCUCUUUUGUGCAGUUUGUGUCGGCAAGUGUGUCGAAUUAUCAGGCUGCCAAGUUUGGUCGGCGCCGCUAUCUUCUCACGCUGGACUGCGUUCCUCAAGAACUGGUGAGAGACAUCAGCUUCUACUCAGUCUAUGAACACCACAAAGAAGUGCUCAUCUGGCCCUUCUGUACGUUCAAGGAUAUCUCUCCUGAUGCACUGAUGUGGAACAAAAGCCUCCGCUUCAGUUCGGCCAAUCCUUGGGUGGCUCAGUUGCCAUCGAUGAAGCCAUCGUUGACAGUGACUUCAAUGACGUCUAAUUACAUCGACAGUCAAAUGUCCGAGGCAGCAUCCUUUCCUUCGUCGCCACCAACGAUUCUGGGUACAGUGACGGUGUCUGAUGCAGAUGUUGUACCAGCGGUCCCAGCAAUGGAGGAGCACAUGGCUCCUGAAAGUGCAAAGAUGACACGGAUCACGGUGUCAUCUUCGCAGUCCCUCCUUGAUGCGGUGUUUCGAGCAUCGGAAACCUCGCGAAACAGUCAACGUCGACUAUUGCAAGAAGCAACUUCAGUGGCGCCAAAUGCGAUUGCUGCGUCGGUAACUUCUUGCAGUGCAAAGACGACGCGGAAAACAAGCCUCUAUGAUGCCGUGCCUGAAUCUGGAAAUGCCUCCAAGAAAGUAUUUAUCUUGCAAGAGGCCGAAAAUACGAAGCCUAGAGCGAUCCUCUCCGCUGCUAUACCUAGCCCCAGAACUGCUUGUGAUGAACAACCUCUCCCACAAUCACUCAAGAGAACCAUAAUCGUGAAGCCCAGCUCACUUCGCCUGGUUACUGAUCCUGAGCGUCGUAUGCCCACGGCUCCUUCUUCAAGAAAAGAAGGCCCAGUUACUGCCUGUGUGCUGCCACGGAUGGCUACGCCCAACAGCCCAGGGGAUGAGACGAAAACGUUCAUUGGUUCCUCCAGCGAAAACCAAUCCUCAAAACCUAAACGGAAGAAAACGACAUUUCUGCUAUUCGUGUUUCGCAGCUUGCUUCACACAGUCAUUUGCGGAAGAUAUGCGAGUGUCGAUUGAAGACAAAAAUAGGUAGGGUAAACCAUAUUAGCUACCCCACCUUUUCAAAAGGGUUACUCUUCUUGUUUGGAUCGCCUUCUGCUCUAUAUAUUCCAAAAUAUCAUAUCAGAAUAUCAGUUGCCGAAAGAAUGAAUAGGCAUACCCCAAGCUCUAGUUCUUUGGAAGUUGGAAACACUCUUAUAUCUUUUAUUAAUUACAUCAGAAAUGAUUUCCUAUAUACUCUAUAUUAGAACUGUGAUGCUACUUCAGAUUUAUAUUAAACAUAUUUUUGGUACAUGCAGUGCACCGGUUUAUCGAAGU